UCUUCAAGGCGUAUCUGCAAAUAUAGAUUUCUAUUUUGAUAGUUUAGCACUACACUGGCACAUGUACUCAAAGAAGAAACAAGCCGUUUUGAAUAUCUUACACAUUUAGAAUGAUUUUAAUAAUUUGCUAUCUUUUGAUAAGCGGGUUUCCAGCCAUAUAUGGUGAAAUAUAUUCAUCCUUCAAUGUUACGGAUGAUAUUAACCAUUACUUCGCAAAAGGAGGAAAAUUGAAUAUUACCGGUUCGAGAGAGCACGAAUUGCAACUCUUAAAAGGAGAAAGUCUUGGCGAAACGAAGCAUGCAAUUGUAUGGAAGGGUCUUUAUAAUCGCAACACAAAUAUUGCCAUCAAAAUUUUUUGGAAUGAAGAAUUAUUAAAUGAGGAGAUAAAGAUAUAUCAUGCCCUGAAUGCCACAGAGGAUCUGAAUAUUGAAAGUCGGGGAAUACCUAAAGUUUAUUACUAUGGACCAUUUCUUGAAAAGUACCACGCCAUUGCAAUAACAUUGUUUGAUGGAACUCUCAGAGACCGUUUCAAACUUCAAAAUGGACAUUUAUCUGAUUUUAGCAUUUUGCUGAUAUUUAAGCAAGCGGUACAAACAUUAGAAUUUAUCCAAAGUAUGCAAGUAGUCCAUAAUGACAUCAAACCAGAGAACAUCUUCCUUCGUGAUUCAAACGUCUUUAUAGGAGAUUUUGGUAUAGCCACAUUUAAAGGUGCACAGAAUUAUCGUUGUACGCCAACAUUUGCUUCCUCAAGUUUUCAUAUGAAAGAGAACGCGAGAUACCCAAUAGAUGACUUGGAGUCCUUAGUCUUUACGAUGUGGAAUAUUGGUAAUGUUCCGAUGGAUCCAUCCGGCGAAUAUGAAGGUUAUGCCUUAUGCAGAAGCUACACAGAAGGGACUACUGAAUCUAGAUUGCUGAGAAAAUGUGAAUAUUUCAAAAAUAAAGAUGUUCGAAAGGCCUUUGAGCUCAUUUGUUUGGGACAAUUUCUAUGCAGCCGAAAGGUUCCUGAUUACGUUAAAAUUAUAAAAAUAUUAACAAAAGCAAUAGAAAAAGUUAGUGAGAAGUCGGGUCAGGUGCAAUUCGAGUGGUUGUCAAAGGGUGGCCAAACUUCUCUUUGGAAAAAAGCUUUCUCUCGCGCAACGAAAAAUGAAAAAACAAAGAAUUAAAUUCAAUACUUUUUAAAUAUAAACAAAACAAAUAAAGAGGCAAAUGCUACAAAGGCGAAUAUGAGACUCGAAUU